UUUCCUCAGCUGCAAGGGCAGAACAUUGAAGUUACCGGUACCUUUUAAAUGGCAUUUUGAGCUGAAGGGUCUGAAACUGAAAGUGCGAUCCAUACUGCUGUACUGACUAAUAGUAUUUCGGUAUUAAUAGAUUUUUUCCCAUUAUUGCAUUAGUUCUGUAGUUUAACAGUACUCAGAAUGGAGGUUUCUGCAAGUGGAGAUAACAAUAUUACACCCACGGAACGACUCGCCAUGAUUGAAGAACAAGAACUGGAUGCCCCCCAGGGUCAACUUCCUGGUGAAGUUUACUGUGAACUCCUUGCAUUAUACAUAUACCACGAGGACUUAAACAACAGCAAAUUAUUAUGGAAGCGCAUUCCAACACAAUGCAAAACGGAAUUGGCUGAACUGAAGGCAUUGUGGGAAGUAUGCAAAGCAUUCUGGCAAAAGGAUUCUGCAAGUGUAUUCCAACAAUGCUCUGCGUACACUUGGAGUGAAAUAAUACAAAAGAUAAUUGAUGAUAUUAUGAAGAAGCAUAAAGAAAAAUGCAUCUGCCUGAUAUCACAAUCAUAUUCAUCCAUUGGCACAGAAACCUCUUCAGCUCUACUCGGUUGUACUACCCAAGAAGCAUUAGAACUUGCUGUAAGUAUGGGGUGGACUGUUUCCGGAGACCAGAAGUUUAUCAUGCCUCUCCUCGCAAAACGACAGGAAGGAUCACCUGUUAAUAAUGAAGCUUAUUUACAAAAGUUAACUCAGUAUAUUUCAUUUUUAGAGACCUGAACUGUUAUUUUUGAUAUUUCUAUUUCUGGAAUAUAGUCUCAUGCUU